CCAGUGUAUCUCGGAUCUGCUUGCUUUACAGCUCGCGCCAUUAUGAGGACUCUGGUUACUCUGGCAGUGAUGGGGUUGUGUUCAGCUCUUCCCUAUCAGGCCUCGUACAGCGCCUUCCCCAGCUACUUCUCCUACAGCGGCGCUUACCAACCUACAUACCUAGGUCCUCUGGCCCCCUCCUUCCCAGCAGGAGUUCAUAACGGCCAACUCUUUCCAGUUUCGGACACCUACGAAGCAUCGGCAGCUCGCCAGGCCACCCUCGACGCCUACCAGAGGCAGGUCGCGGCUGUGGGCGCCUUCGGAAGGCUCGCUUCUGUCUACAAUAACCUUCCUCAUAGUUUGGUUCACGCCCCUGGUCAAGCCUACUCAACGGCUCCCUACGGCCAGGCUAUUCCGUCGUCUCCUGUAGUGGUUCGUGAUGGCUUCGUGCAGGAUGCUCCCGAAGUGGCAGCUGCGAAAGCCCAGCUGUUCGCCCUCUACAAUCAACGAGCUGCCGCAGCUCCUGGCAUCUAUCCUUAUUAAAGGAGGCUGCCUUCAUGGUCUUCGCCACGGUCUUCGCUGCCGAAGGGGGUGAUUCACAGGGGACGUUAAAGUUAAUCUACGAUAUUAUUUUCGAAGAGGAAUCUUGCGUCAUUAGACGCUAUGGUCUUCUAAACCGGAGUCUUGUGCCUGAGUUGCAGAUACACACACACCUAAGUUUUAAGUAAUACCAGAACUCGGUUAGAGUAACCUAGAAUUAGUAGUUGCAGUUUUUCCAUGAAGUAAUCUCUCUCUCUCUCUCUCUCUCUCUCUCUCUCUCUCUCUCUCUCCCUGUGUGUGUGUGUGUGUGUGUGCGCGCGCGCAUUCUGAUUUCCUAUAGCUGUCGAAUUUCUGAAAUUGUAAUUUUUUUUUAUUUCUAUUCAAUAUAUCUUUUCCACUUUAAUCGUUAAUGUUUCAGUACUGUGCAUUCAAAGCGUUCCGUGAAAAUAAUAAAUAUAUCUGAACAUUAUUUCAAAAUUUAUUUAUGGUCACAAGGCUUCAAAAGGUAAUUGGUAAACUGCGUAUUCCAUUAUUUGCAUUUUUCAAAUUACAGCGAAUAUUAUAUGUUAUAGCUCUCCACGUCUUAAACGUAGGGCCUAAUUUCAGAUUCAAGUCCAUAAUUAUUGCUUUUUCUAUAAAGUAAUGACGUAACUGGCGUACCUGAAGGUGAGGUAAUGUACCACGACUGAGAGGGAGUUUGAUGAUUGGAAUCCACUACUAUAUAAAUGCAACAUUAAUAGGCAGAGGAAUUUCAGCUUUUUAGUUAGACUUGCAUUUAUAAAAUCCCAAGACUAUCGAUAUUUCUUUUUUCUAGGAAUAAUGCUAAGAUUAAUAAGCUGGUAAAUUUGGAUAUAUACUUUGUUUUUUCUCUCAGCGCAGUGCUCCGUCACGCGAGGGAACUGGGGGCUUCGAAGGUUCAGAAAGUACCAUGCUAGUACCAUUAGAUGGAAGUAUUAUAUCUUUUCCUCAGUUCGGUAAAAAAAUAAAAACUCUUUUGAAAACUUUAUAAUCCUACUUUGGGAAGUUAGCAACUUAAUUUUGGUUAGGAGAAAUAACAGUUUCCGCUCUUCAAAAGGUCUUUAUUUGUGCCUCGUUCGAACACGGUUCAAACAGAGCCGAUACUGAAUAGGCCUUGAAAAUAAUCACAAUAAGAUGUAUUCUAUUUUAUUUUAUUUUUAUUUUUACGCCGAAGGCAUUUGUACUCAUAACGUUAUUAAACUGAUUGUAAUCA